AUGAUCGCAGCUCCAACACCAUCGUCCAAACGGACUGAAGACGACGGAGGCAACUUCUCAGCAGAUUCACAAUCACCACCACCACUAAAUUCUGAUGACGAGCAACUUGACGACACUCCAUUUUUGAGUCAUCAAUUGCCCGACGAUCACGAAUCGUUUUCUGAGAAGUUUCUACGCAACAUUCUGACACACGAUUAUCAGAAUCUGAUGCCACGUCGAAGAGAAAAGUUUGUCGAAAUCACAAAGACUGUCACUGUCACGGAGAUAGUCAACGGAGCUCCAGACAAGCAUCCGUCCUCGUGUGAAGUCAAAGUGACGAACGUUUCGCCAGCUGGACCCCAUCCAGUGAACGUUUCAAUCAAGCAUUUACACGAGAAAUGGCAUUCCUGUGAAGAGUUGGACAAAUCAGACGACGGAGAAGACUUGGGAAAAGGGACCGUAAUUCGUAUCCAAGAGACACAUAAACCAUUCAAUUAUACUCAAAAAAGACAACAACCUAGUAAAUUUGUGUAUGAAGACGUUAUGAAUACAAAGGUUUGUGGCAUUCUAAUUUUUAAACUUUUCUUUGGUUUUCAGAUGGAAAGCUCAACAAAACCUCGGCAACCAUCGUCAGCCAAUAGCACAUUGUUCAACCGGUCUAGUGACAAUAUCAUAGAUUUAGAAUUCAGACAUCCAAUACUUGUGGAAACAUCAGAAAACACAACUGAUGAUCAAAAACAUCAACAACAGAAUGGAAAUAAUGGAACUAGGCGCCGAUUUGCUGAUUUGAGAAAGAAAGUGUCAACGACAACGAAGACGUCGGUGACAGAGACAGAGAAGGUGACGACUACAAGAAGAAGUAGCAGUGCACACAGUACGUCUUCCAAAAGAAGCUAUUCAAAACCGGAAGUGCACACUCUCUACUACCGGAAAUUCGUUGAUGAGGAAAAUAAAGGAGGAGAUGAUGAUUCGAGUGAUUCAGGAAGUGUCAUUAUUCAUAGAGAUUCUGUUACUAGACGGUCUCGUUCAGCAGAUCACCUUCAGCAGUCUUCUUCUCAAACAAUGUCACCAAUUGCUCCGCCCAGAAAACGACUGGGACGAGAAGAAUCAUUACAUUACUAUCGAGAUGAUGAAGAAGUAAUUGAAGAACAGACAGAGAAGAAGAGAAGAGUCACUUUGAGAUCUCCAGAACCUGGAAACACCUCUAUUUCAAUGAAUGAUACAGCAGAAAAACGAAAUAUCACGGCUGGAAUAACUUCGAUUUCGAUGAAUGACGCAUGCACAGAUACGUCGUUUGAAUCCAGAUUCUCAACUAUUCCAAGAGCUAGAAGCUCUCCUCCAGGAAUCCAUCGAGUCAAUCAUAUUCACGUCAAUGUUAUCGGACCAAUCAGAACUCCAGAAACCGAAAGAAAACAUCGAGUUGUAGGAAGAGUUGGAGACGACGUCACAAUGGAUAUAUUCAUAGAACGAAGACGUUCAUCUCCAAAUUCCAGAAGAGGUUCUUAUGUAUCUCAUGGAUCUACUUCAGAAGCUCCACCAAAGCCACCGAGAAGAUCAAAGUAUGAGGAUCAUGUCCGUAUUGGAGAUCCGAUAGCCACGUCUACACCAAUGACAACAAUAGAAAGAAAGCAGACUAGAGAAGAAAGAGUAUCAACUGAAAGUGGUCAAUCCAGUAGGAAGAGUACUCGAAGUGCACGUCCACCAGAUAUCAACAUCAUAGAAUGUGAAACUUUCAUUCGGGAAACAAGAUCUCCAGCUAGGACUCCAGCCACACCAAUCGUCGUCAUUAAUCAGACUCCGUCAUCCCGAAGAGGUUCUCAAGAUCUUCUUGGAGAACCAGGUCAACGUCGUCGGAAGAGCACUUUGGUGUAUGUAGUUCAAAAACCGGAUUUAUUGGGGAUUACUGACACAAUUUGGCAAAGUAAUUUUGUUCGCGUUUCAAAAAAAGCAAACCGUUUAGUUUGUUUUUUUCAAACAAAAAUCGCAACACAAAUGGUCUUCGAUAUUUCAAAAAUAGUGAAGAUUUUCAAAAAGAAGAAGAAGAAGAGAGAUCCAUCUUCACCAACAAAACUCGCUCGUCCACCAUUUGUCUCCCAUUCAGAUGACAGAAAAACCUCUCGAGAUGUGAGACGAAGAGCUUCUGAUUCUUCAAUGAUUGGUCUUCCACCUGCUGAUAUUGACUUGAAUCAGAUAUUCUCAUGCACGGCUCCACCAGAAAUCAAAAAGGAUGAGAAGUGUCAAUGCAAUGCUUGUAGAUUGAUUAGAAUGUCUGAAGCUGAACGGGCGGUUCGAAUUGAAAGAGCGAGUCGGUCAAGACAGAGUAGAUCAUUCACAAAAACUACGGAAUAUGAGACGAGAGCAAGCACUCUCCCAUCAAGACACAGAACAUCUCCAGUGAACAUCGAACUUGAAGACAUCUUCAAUCCAAAGCCAUCAUCUCCACCAUCUACCACAACGAAACCUCCGACGCCUCCAACUCGUCGUCGUCAUGCUCCUACCUCUCCAACUGCGCCAUCCCAAUCAUCCAUCGUUGAUGAGUCAUCGCGCCAUCUUGUAACCACAACCAUCGAUCGGAAACAGGUGACGCCGGUGACUACUAACUCGCGGGAUUCUCAGUUGCAUGCUCGCGAUCAGUUGCUUAACUCGUCUGACGACUGGGUUGGUCAGAUGAUGAACGAUGCUAAUGAAUGGGAAACUAGAGUAUCUAGUCGAAAGUCUUCAGUUUUAUCCACCUCUUCAUCUACGGCUAGAAAAGUUUCAGUGGCUAGAAGGAUUAGUAUAGAUGAAUUGAAAAAGCCAGAAAAAAGGAAAUCUCGAGAAGCUGUCCCACUUCCACCUUCUGAUCAUAGUAUUGAUGAUAUUUUCACUGCUCUAACUACCAAAAAAGAUGAUAUUCCAAAGGAAACAGAGAGAAAAACGUUCAUUGUAACUCGAAAACAGAGAGCACAAGAUGUGGAUAUCAUCGAUUUUGAAAAAGAUCGCGAGGCACCUGUGGCUCCACCACGACACAAGAACAUCCAUUCACCUAAAGCCCAGCUCGUGUUGAAGGACAAAAGUGAAGAUCCAAUGAUUUCUCCUCAAAUAUCUACAUCUACGUUAAAUCUCGAAGACGUGUUCACUAACAGGGAAAACUCUACAAGAACUCAGGAAACUGAUGAAAAGGACCAGAAGAUCAGAAAAAGAGUAGCUGAAUUCACGAAAGCCCAUCAAGAAACGGAGAUGAGCAGAAGUGAGAAAACCAUUGAUGAGAAGUCUCGGGCAGCUGUGGAAUCAAUCAUUUCAAUGGACGAUGUGUUUGGUUCACCUAAAUUUGAUUUGGAGAUUCCAUUGAUUGACAAUAGUGUAACAUCUACUGCUUCGAUUGAGAUGAAAUCAUCGGAAAGUCAUCUUGAAUCUCAAUCCAAUGAAGCGAAGAGAUCAACGGACGUGCCUGAUGUUAUAUCCACUUCUUCAAUCAGAAUGAGACCUUCGGAACAUGGACAAAAUGAUAACUACGCAAUUGGUGUCGGAGAGGAUGAUGAAGCAGAGAAGAAAGAAAACCGAACAUCUGCUGUGAGUAUUGAUCUGGACAAAGUGUUCGUUGAAGGUUCAACCGGGAAACCUGAUUUUGAUGCUUCUGAUGAAAAGAUUCGACGUGGAAUCACUGAGUUCGAGAGAGCAAAGCAGGAGAAAGAUGCUCAAAGAUCUGGAGUCGUAGUGACAACUCAUUUCAGUAAACAUCUUUUCGAUGAGUCUGAUAUUUCAAUGGAUGAUGUUUUCAAAUCAUCUCAGAGAGAAGAGUCUUCGAUAGAGAUGAAAAGUCCUGAUGAAACUUCAGCAGAUACUAUUGCAUUAUCUGCUCCAAAAGAAUCUGCCGAAGUCAAUUUGGAUAACGUAUUUGUGGAAAGGAAUGAUGAGAAACCGUCAGAAGUGGAUGAAGAAGAGAAAAACAUCCGAAAGAGAAUGGAAGAGUUCAAGAAAGCAGAAGAGGAAAAGCAUAUUCAAAAAUCAGAUGAACCACAUCCAUCCCAUCAUGUUUUCGAUGAGUCCAACAUCUCGUUGGAUGAUAUCUUUAACGUUUCCCAUUCUGGAACCAACCAAUCCGAAGAUGUUGAUCAGGAAGAACAACAUAUUCGACGGAGAAUCGAGGAAUUCAAGAAAGCAGAAGAAGAGAAGAAAAGGAACUUGAUCACAGAGUCCCAUUCAUCUCACCAAACUUUCAAUUCUUCAAAUAUUUCCAUGGACGACGUCUUCAACAGGAGAAGUUCGUCUCCAGAGCCUUCCACUGAAGCUCAUUCCAAACGUGUUCCAGCACCAACCAAAAAAACCAAUCCUGUGGAUACGAAACAAACUGCCGAAGUCAAUUUGGAUAACGUAUUUGUGGAAAGGCAUGAUGAAAAACCUUCAGAAGUGGAUGAAGAAGAGAAGCACAUCCGAAAGAGAAUGGAAGAGUUUAAGAAAGCAGAAGAGGAGAAGCAAAUCAAUGUGACUACUGAAUCUCAUGUCUCCCAUCAUGUGUUGGACGACUCGAAAAUCUCUUUGGAUGACGUCUUCAACACAUCGCUUCCACAUAGCAGCAAACCGUCCGAGGAUGUGGCUCAAGAAGAACAGAAUAUUCGAAGAAGGAUUGAAGAGUUCAAGAACGCAGAAGAGGAGAAACAGAUUCAAAUGAAACCAGAAUCUCGCUCAUCUCACACGAAAUUGAUUACUUCUAACAUUUCUAUAGAUGAUGUCUUCAACACGCCUCGGCCAAAUGUCACUUCCUCUGAAAGCAUUAAUUUGGACAGAGAUUCGACAUCCGAUAAAGAUGGAAAACCUGCGGAUGAUGCGGUUAUGUCUAAAUCAGUGGUCAAGGAAACUAUAUCUGAUGAAUACAAAAAAGAAAUUUCGACCGCAUCCGUCUCGAUGAGAUCACCGGAGACUAGCGAAGAGCCUCAUUCGAGAGAAGAGAAUAAAAAUCGAGCAUCUGCUGUGAGUAUUGAUCUGGACAAGGUGUUCGUUGAAGGAUCAACUGGCAAAUCGGAUUUCGAUGCUUCUGAUGAAAAGAUUCGACGUGGAAUCGCUGAGUUCGAGAGAGCAAAGCAGGAGAAAGAUGCUCAAAGAUCUGGAGUCGUAGUGACAACUCAUUCCAGUAAACAUCUUUUCGAUGAGUCCGAUAUUUCAAUGGAAGAUGUUUUCAAUCCAUCUCAAAGAGAAGGAGAGCCUUUAGCCCAAAUGAAACGUCCUGAUCAAACUUCAUCAGCUACAAUUUCGUUAUCGGAUGCUCCAAAAGAAUCUGCCGGAAUCAGUUUGGAUAAUGUAUUUGUGGAAGGACAUGAUGAGAAAUCGUCAGAAGUGGAUGAAGAAGAGAAACACAUCCGAAAGAGAAUGGAAGAAUUCAAGAAAGCAGAAGAGGAGAAGCUGAUCCAAAAAUCAGAAGAAACACAUCCAUCUCGUCACGUUUUCGACGACUCCAACAUCUCGAUGGAUGAUGUCUUCAACGUAUCCCAUUCUGGAAUUAACCAAUUCCAAGAUGUAGAUCAGGAAGAACAACACAUUCGACGAAGAAUCGAGGAAUUUAAGAAAGCAGAGGAAGAGAAGCGAAGGAACUUGAUCGUUGAGUCUCACUCUUCUCACCAAACUUUCGAUGCUUCGAAUAUUUCCAUGGACGACGUCUUCAACAGGAGAAGUUCGUCUCCAGAGCCCUCCACUGAAGCUCAUUCCGAACGUCUUCCAUCACCAACCGAAUCAAACAAUCCUGUGGAUACGAAUCCAUCUGAAAGCCAAUUCACCCUCGAAGAUGUUUUCUUUCAAGGGAGUUCUACAAAACCAAACAGUGAUGUCAGCGACGAGAGGAUCCGAAAAGGCAUCGCCGAGUUCGAGAAAGUCAAACGAGACAAAGAGGUUCAAGGUUCAGUAUCAACGAAGAAACCAGAAACCAGAAAAAAGAAUUUUGAUGAUUCAAAUAUCUCACUGGAUGUUGUGUUCAAUACUACCCCCGCAGAUUCUCGACGAUCCGAAUAUCAACCAUCAAUCUCUGAAGGCCGUCCGGAGCGUAUAUCGACCACUGAUGAAGAUACCAAAACUAAAACAGAAACAACCACUUAUACAGAAACGGAAGCUGGUACAACAUGUCGAAGAGCCUACGGUUCGGAAGAUCCAUCUGGUGAUGCUGCACAGCCGGCAGGUUCACAGGACAACUUCACUUCCACUGAACGUGUGAAACUCGGAGAUGGAAAACGGGAAGACAGUGCAAAAAAUAAAAAUAUGGUCUCAACUGUUGGCAUCAAUUUAGAUGACAUUUUUGUUCAAGGAAUAGGAAAAUCCGAGAAACAUGAUGAUGAUGAUCAGAAGAAAGAGUCGCAGCAAUCUUUAAUUGUGGAGCAUUCUCUGACCAAACGAGCAGAUAUGGAUGAGCAAUCAGUUUCAUUGGAUGAUGUUUUCAAUACGACAUCUGAGAAAGAAAAAGAAGAUUCACACGACCAUCUCGGUGUCACAUCAACAUCAUCAAUCAGAAUGAGAUCAUCCGAGGACCAUAAUGAAAUGAGAAAAGAACCAGAGAACAUUGAAGAAUCACCGAAAGAAAACCGAACAUCAGCUGUCAGUAUUGAUCUGGACAAGUUGUUCGUUGAAGGAUCAACUGGCAAAUCGGAUUUCGAUGCUUCUGAUGAAAAGAUUCGACGUGGAAUCGCUGAGUUCAAGAAAGCAAAGCAGGAGAAAGAUGCUCAAAGAUCUGGAGUCGUAGUGACAACCCAUUCCACCAAACAUCUUUUCGAUGAGUCUGAUAUUUCAAUGGAUGAUGUUUUCAAUGCAUCUCAUAGAGAAGAGUUUUCGAUAGAGAUGAAAAGUCCUGAUGAAACUUCAACAGCUACUAUUUCAUUAUCUGCUCCAAAAGAAUCUGCCGGCAUCAGUUUGGAUAAUGUAUUUGUGGAAAGGCAUGAUGAAAAACCUUCAGAAGUGGAUGAAGAAGAGAAGCACAUCCGAAAGAGAAUAGAAGAGUUCAAGAAAGCAGAAGAGGAAAAGAAUAUUCAAAAAUCAGAUGAACCACAUCCAUCCCAUCAUGUUUUCGAUGAGUCCAACAUCUCGUUGGAUGAUAUCUUUAACGUUUCCCAUUCUGGAACCAAUCGAUCCGAAGAUGUUGAUCAGGAAGAACAACACAUUCGACGAAGAAUCGAGGAAUUCAAGAAAGCAGAAGAAGAGAAGCAAAGGAACUUGAUCGUUGAGUCUCACUCUUCUCACCAAACUUUCGAUGCUUCGAAUAUUUCCAUGGACGACGUUUUUAAUACAAGCGCUUCAUCUGGCAAGGAGCAUUUUGAUGAUUCUCUUGACGAUUCUCCUGACGACAAAACCAGAGAUUCCGGGUUCAUGAAAACAACGUCGGAAAAAACCACAACAACCACAACCACUCGAACUGAAAUAUCAACUGAUUCGUAUUCCAAAAGAACAGUCACAACUCUGGAUGAUCUUUUUGGUCCACAAACUUGCACACCGCAGUCAUUUCAAUUUCUGCCAUAUCACUUGACCCCAAUCAGCCAUCAACUUCGCCUACUCCUCCGCCACAAUCUCUCAUCUCUUAUGGUUCCUGGAAAAUGGAAUGAAUCAAUGAUGUCAAAUGCUUCCACUAUCAGUCUUGAUGAUUCGUUCAACAAUUCGUUCGCCAAAUCUGGAAAUUCGCAAGUGUACGAACCGAAAAUGAGAAAGCCUUUGGCUCUUCCAGUUGAUAAUUGGAUUGAUAAUUUGGUAGCAACUGUAACUGACGAAGCAACAAGAGAAGCUCCGAAAACUCCAAAAAGUGCAAUCGAAGACUACUAUCGAUCCCCAACGAGAAUCAGUCAAGAGAUCAAGUAUGAAUGGGUGGCAAAACUGAUUGAAGAUGAUGCUAAUAAGGAUCGUGAAGAAGAAAAAGAAGAACAUCAAUCAGAAGAAGAGCAUCUUCGAAAACCGGAUGACACAUGGGUGUCCAGUGUUGUCUACCGCCCAACUCUGGAAACGAGCACAUACACAUUGAGGUCUAGUCAAAUGGAACCAGAGCGGAAAGCAGAAAUCGACAUGGAUCGAGUGUUCAAUGAGUGUCUGAUUGGAAAACAGGAUGAUGAAGAAUGUGAAUGUUCGGCAUGUCGUCUGACGGAGCAGGAAUUGGAAGAUAUCAAGAGGAGAAAGAUCGAGACUCAAAACAAGACAAGAGAAGAGAGACAGUCAGUAUCGCAUGACUCGGAAGAGAGAAGAACUUUGACUAUAAUGAAUCCAUCUGAAUUUUCAAUUGAUGACAUUUUCAAUCCAGAAGGUUUGCUCCGUUCUCUGACAGUCCUAAACCAUCAAUUUUCAGCUCCAUUGACGAUCCAAACUGAUCAUGCACCAGCUCCAUCAACAUCAUCACCACCGCUUCAAUCUACUCGAACAUACUACAUUUCCCCAAAAGUAUCGGAAACUGUGACAACAACUCACCAAUGGAAAGAUGCUGAUAUUUCAAUGGAUGAAAUAUUCAGUCCAGUAUCUUCUACAACCAAUGAGAACAGAAGAUUCUCGAAUUUCUACGAAGAUCGGAGUGGAUGGGACACUAUUGGAAGUGAGGAUAGCGGAGUGAUGUCGGGUGGAGACAGAGGGAGAAGAAGGUCUACGAGGAUCACAGAUCAUGUCAUAGAUGAAGCAUUCAAGGGAAUUUUCGAUUCACAACCAACUACUUCUGCCGCAGCCCAGGAACCUGAUAAAGAAAAAAACAACUACGACGACUACUACAUUACUUCUAUUCACCAAGAAGAAAUUGGAUCCAGUGAUUCGGACGUUGAUCCAGAGAAUUUGGAUGUGAGUCAAUUUGUGGACGAUAUUCUUGGAAAGAGCAUGGACGAGGCAGCAUUUUUCAGUAGUACAAAAUCACUUCGAGACCACACUGAUACUUCUAUCGAUCGGAAAAAGUCAAAUGAGAAAUUGCAUUCAUACUACCGUACUCGCACAGACACUUCCAUUGAUAGACGAGUCAAACCUGAAGUUAUCAAUGAAGAUUUGGAAUCAUCGGAGGCCCAUGAUGAACUUCUGAAAUUGGUGUUCGUUGAUCCAUCUGAUUCAUCAUCUAUUUCUAAAUCUGAUUCCCGAAGAAGUUUGUCACUUCCCCGAAACCGCUCAAUAAGACCAAGUGACGAAGAAUUGUUGGAAAUAGAGAUCAAACCAGAUUAUUUUGUUAUCAAAGGAUCUUACUCUCUUCUCAUCCCCAAAUCAGACCCCCUAGGACUCAUGUUGCAGGUAAGUGUUCCGCAAAUGUCUGUCCAAGUGUUUACGUACUUUCAGAAACUCCGUGAGCAAAACAAUGGAUUGGCAACACUUGAUUUCUCACUUACAAGGAAACUCAAAAAAUUAUUGGUCAACUGUAUCAGAGAAAAAGCCGGGUGCUUGGAUAUGUCGUCUACGUCUUCAAAAUAUGAGGGACUCCUUUCGUCUCGCGGUCAAAGUCUAAUCGAGUCCAUCGACCACGCAUCGGCCACAUUUUUGAAGAUGAACGUAGACAAGUACGAGCCGACACGCAACCCAAAUGGAGUCGUUAACUUUUGCACUGCCGAGAAUAACAUCUGCACUCCGCUUUUGGAAGAGCGGUUCAAACAUCUUGAAUUGUUCUUCCCAAACACCGAACAUCUUGUGAGAUAUCCACCAGGCGGAGGAUGGCCAGAAGCAAGGGAAGUGUUGGUCAAAUACUUCAGAGAAUUCAUGGGAGCCAGAGUGACAGUUGAUGAGUUGGCAUUGACACCUUCAACGAGGACUGGCUAUGACGUUACAAGUUAUUGCUUGUUUGAAGCUGACGAUGACUUUGACCUACUACAUUUUAUUUCAGAUAUUCUUCUGACCAACGGACCAGCCUACGCUGGAACGAUCUCAAACGUUCAGGAAAAGGCCCAAUGUGUAGUUGCUUGUGUUGAGACUGAUCUUUCAAACCCUCGGUUGGAUGUGAAUAAGUAUGAGGAGGAGCUGAAAAGACAAACCGAUCUGGAAAAUACAGUAUCUGGAGUCAUCAUUGUCAAUCCGCACAAUCCCCUUGGAGUCACUUUCCCACCAGAAGAUGUAGUUAAUUUAUGCAACUGGGCCACUUCGAAAAACUUGCACGUAGUGAUUGAUGAGGUGUUCGCCAACUGUGUCUUCGACAAACCAAAUUCGAAAUUCCGUCCUUUCCUCUCUUAUCGUCAUCGAGUUCACCGUCCAGAGAAUGUUGCCUGGUUAUGGAGUGUCAGUAAGGAUUUCGGACUUCCCGGACUCAAGUUCGCAGUUAUUCAUUCUGCCAAUGAAGGCCUCCGUCGAGCCGCAACCAAGCUUCAAAUGUAUUAUCCAUGCUCUCCCUUCGUUCAAGAUUUUGCUAUCAAUUUGUUGUCUGAUUCCGUUUGGCUUCGUGAGUUCCACUCUGAAGUUAACAGACGUAUUUCCAUUCAUUAUCGCUACACUGCCCAAAAUUUGGAAAGAUUGGAAAUUCCAUUUGUUCCAGCUCAAGCAGGAAUCUUCGUUUUUGCUGAUUUUUCAAAACUUUUAUCCACUGUUGACUCUGCUGGUGAGCUCGAACUUUUCGAGAAUCUUGCCACUGCCGGUGUAAUGUUGACUCCUGGAGUUCAUCAGAAUUGCCACGUGUUCGGAUGGUUCCGCAUCGUUUUUGCGUGUACAAAGGAAGAGCUUGAAGAAGGAUUCAGAAGACUAUUCACCUACUUUGGAAGUCAUCUACAUCCAAUUGGAACUGUUCAAUAUGAUAAUUAA